AGCAAAUGACACUUUCCUUUAGUUAGGACUUCAGGAUUUCAUGUUUGUAAACAUAAACUGAAAUCGUCAGCAUGAUCAACCACCUCCUCGUGGCGGCAAUGCUUCAGUUGAGCCUGCUCGGUGGGUUCUCUGUGCGGGGCCAGACGACCGAGGCCCCGGCGGCGACGGUGCACCUCCCCCCGCCGAAGCCAGCUCCCGAGUUCACGGUGCAGUCCUGCUCCGUCACCAGCCAGAGUGUUACCAUGAACUGUGGCGGCAACUGCGCUUCUGAUGCCAGGGUUCCAGAGUUGGAGCGAAAAAUGGACCAUCUUAUGGCCACUGUCAGUCGGCUUAUGGCCACUGUUAGUGACUGCUGUAACGAUACUGAUACCAAUACUCGGCCAAAAGACUGUAAAGAAAUCCUGGACAACAGUGAGCUGACCCCCAGCGGAGUGUACAUGGUCUAUCCAGCGGAUAACCUCGGGGGGUUCCCGGUGUACUGUGACAUGCACACCGAUGGCGGUGGGUGGACGGUAUUUCAGAAGCGACAGGACGGCACUGUUGACUUCUACCGGGGCUGGGCGGACUACAAGACCGGCUUCCCUUCCAACCUGAACGGCGAGUUCUGGUUGGGGAACGACAAGCUGCACCGUUUGACCGAGCAGAAGGCCUACGGGUUGCGGGUGGACCUGGAGGAUACUACCGGGAACACGGCGUACGCGGCCUACAGCAGCUUCAGCAUCUCAGAUGAGUCUGAUCAGUACAGGCUCACCGUCGGUGGGUACAGUGGAGAUGCAGGAGAUAGCAUGGCCUUUCAGAACGGACAGAGGUUCAGCACCAAGGAUAGCGACAAUGAUGCGAUUGCAGCACACUGCUCCCAGAGGUAUAAAGGAGCUUGGUGGUAUGGUGAUUGUCACAACGCCAACCUAAACGGCCUGUAUCAUCUGGGUGCUCACAGUACGUAUGCUGAUGGCGUCAACUGGAAUCACUGGAAGGGUUACUAUUAUUCUCUAAAACGCACUACAAUGAAAAUAAGACCUGUCUGAGUGUUUGAUUGUGCUCUCUAUGGGAAGAGCAGCAAAAAGCUCAAGUUGAGUGGUAUCUUCGAAUUCUGCCCCUACCCCAAAGUUUUGAAAUCUUUUUAAGUUCUUUUUAUGUUUUCCAUAGUCUUUCUAUAUAUCCAGGAAUAAAAUUAAAAUUGUUCCUGGCAUGCCCUUUUCCUAAUGCUGUCAACAAUAUUAAAAUAUCUCAUUAAUUGCAAGACAAGAUAUCUAUCUAUAUACUUCAUUAUAAUUCUGUGCUAUCUGUGUGUUGGUUUCAAUUCAAGAAAAUGCAGACAUUUAAUUUAGGUGGUUAUAUUUCAUAAAUAGUUGAUUUAAUAUUCGACUUGGGAGCACUAUUAAUAGACUAAGUACAAAUGAUGGUAGAAUAAGAAUUAAAUACCAACAAGGUAUCUUUAAUGUUAGAGGAAUGGAAAACUUAGAAAAAACUCAGAUGGAUAGUAAGAGUAAUUGUAUCAUUUAGUGGCUUAUGCCACUUGAUAGAAUGACUAGUCUACUUAUAUAUAGACAA